CCAUGAUGCCCACCCCUACCCGUCCGGCCCGCUCGCCUCCCUGCUCCCUGUCGCUGGCGCUGUUCCUUGUCCUCUCAGGAGCCUCUGAGCAGAGCAAUGGGAACGAGUGGCGUGUGCUACAGCCUGAGGGCCCCAUGCUGGUGGCAGAAGGAGCUGGGGACCCCAAGCCAUACCUCUGGAUCAUCCAGCCCCAGGACUUGGUAUUGGUGACCACUGGAGACACUGCCUUCCUCAACUGCACAGUGCUUGGAGAUGGUCCCCCUGGACCCAUCAGGUGGUUUCGGGGGGCUGGUCUGAGCCGGGAGGCCAUUUACAACUUUGAAGGCAUCUCCCAGCCCAACGUGACAGCAGUAAGAACCUCCAACAACGACUUCAGCAUUCUUCUGGGAGGCAUCUCUGCUGAGGAUGCUGGCACCUAUUACUAUGUAAAGUUUCAGAGGAAACCCAAUAGGCAAUACCUCUCUGGACAGGGAACCAUGCUGAGAGUGAAAGCAAAACCCACCUUUCCCCAAGAGGCAGAAUUCUCCAGUGAACAUGUAGCCAGGAUAUCUCCAACAGGCCUCCUGUCUGUGCUCACACCUGUGGUCCUGGGGCUGAAGGCAGUGACCUUGGCUGCACUCCUACUGGCCCUGGCUACCUGCUGGAGAAGCUCUGAGCAAGAAGACUUCAAGACCCUGGGCCUAGCAGAGCCUCCCGUCUUAGCAUGGAGCAAGGGGCAAGGCCCCAUCUGGGGUGUCCUCGCCUUUUCUCCACCUCGCCACGUCUUUCAUGUCCUUCAAAUAUCGAACUCCAAGUCUUCUUCCCAGAAGGUGUCCCUGAGCAUCUCUGAGCUCAACCAGCCAGACCACCUGUGA